AAGUACAGGAAUUGAAAUCAAUUAGAAGCUUGCGCGUGCGUUUCGUUUUACGUCGGAUACGGUUAAGGCCAUCCAUCGUCGUCGACGUCGUCAACGCGAAUCGGUUGGAUCGCAAACGGGAUACUAAUUAGUGUUAAUUAGUGGUCAAACCGUUCGUUGCUGUUGCCUUGAGAGAAAUGUGUCAGCAGCCAAGAGCUACUUCAAAUGAUAGCGUUAAAGCCGCUUUGUUAUUCCACUCAGUUGUGCGAGCAGAACCAUGUUUGAGUGUGCCGAUUUGAUGGAUGGGGCCCUAAUUUAUUGCCUAAAGCUCGUGGGAAAAAGUCUGCGUUCUGUUUUGGGUGCUGGUUUAACACGGUUUAAGAACAAGUUUAGCGGAAUUAAACUAGAACCGUUUAGGGAAAGUGUAAAAAUGAACAACGGUUUGUUUACUUUUACAUUUUAUUAUUUCCAUUAUUGCAGGAAUGGUAAGCUUAUUUCGCUUUGAACAGUAAUUAUUCAUUAUUGUGCUGUGACGCUGUGUUACGCUGUGACAACUUCACUUAUGAAGUGCUCUUAUGAUUCUAAAGUGAUCGACACACUAAAAAAUGAGAUGGCUAAACUAAAUAACGUAGUAAAUGUGCUUGCUGCCAAAGUCGACACUCAGCCUAAAACGCCUAUGGGACAGCUAGCAUUUAAUUUCAAGGAUUUGCCAAGAAAAUCGAACACACCGGAAAGACGACGUACUUCCACUGACAUUCCUGUCGGCAAACCCAACUCUAAACCAACUGGCAUUAGAGGAACAAAAAAGAUUACCGAUGAUUUAUUAAAAACUGUUCAACUUCAUGACGACUUAUUUUGGUUAUACCUUUCUGCAUUUGACCCGCUUACUACUGAUCAAGAAAUUAUCGAUUUUGUUCGUAACUGUCUGAAUAUGAACAGUGAUCAGAAAAACCCAAAAGUGGUUAAAUUAGUACCCAGAGGUAGUGACUUGACUACAAUGAAAUUCGUGUCCUUCAAAGUUGGAAUUAGUAAUACAAUGAAGGAUACAGCACUCUGUGCUGAAACGUGGCCUGAAAAUAUUCUCUUUAGAGAAUUCGUGGAUCGUUCAAAAAACAUACCACCGAUUGUGAAGAUCCACGUAGAACAUCAACCGCAUCCGGACGGUACGAAAGCUCCCAACAGUUCAGCGAUAUCGUUGGAAUAGAAAGACCCGAAAUAACGCGAGAAAACCGACUAUCCGACGUAGGUUACUUGACUGAUCCAGAACGCACAGCCUCCUGCACUAUGGGAGCCUCAAAUCCACCCGAUCAAGUCGUGUCAGCUUGUUGUUUCAGUCAUCAUAGUCGUUCUGGUUUUGAGAUCGAGGUUGGUAAUGGGGUCUCCCAAAGUCAUCUCUCUGGCAAGUAUAUGUGCGUUACAAACAACUUCUGGCCUGAUUCAUCUCCGGGUUCUAGCUCUCAACGUGAUGACACAAGUUCCUCGAAAUCUCAACUAACAACACUAGGGCGCACCGUGUACAGCAUUUUGGAAGCUCUUAAACCACCCGACGCAGUCGUGCAUGUUGUGACCUGCCAUCAAAGUCGUCCUGGUCCUGCGGUCGAGGUCGGUGAAGGAGUCCUCCAACUUGUGUUUCCAGGCAAGUACCAUUCAAUUAAUGACGUCUUCCCGCCUGAUGCUUCUCCGCAUUACAGUCCACCAGAGCACCACGAUACGGUGUCCGCGACCAUCCAUUUAUCAUCAACGCUACAGAUCUACUAUCAGAACGUUCGUGGCCUAAGAACGAAAAUCGACCAGGUUUUCCUGGCUACUGCAGAACUGGAUUACGAUAUCUACGUAUUCGCUGAGACCUGGCUUGACGACAGCAUUCAAUCUGCUCAACUGUUCUGUAACGGCUACCGUGUGUUUCGUGUGGAUCGUUGCACUACAAACAGCACCCGUCGACGUGGUGGAGGCGUGCUUAUAGCGGUCAAACGUAAAUAUGGGUCAUCAGCUGUUCAGAAUUUACCUGUUACCACUAUUGAACUAUUAUGGGUCAAAGUCACCAUAGAACGUGUGGAAUUGUAUAUUUGCGCGCUGUAUAUUCCACCCGAUAAGAGCCAAGAUUGUUCUUUCAUGCAACUUCAUUUUGAUGCUAUAUCGGCAGUUGAUAGUACUCAGAAUGAUGCCAGUGAAAAUGCUCUGAAUCGACUACUUGAGCAGGUUGAUUGGUCAGAAAUUCAUCGCAGCGACGAUGUCGACAGUGCCACCGAUUGCUUCAAUCGAAUUCUACUAAAUUGCAUCACUCAAACGGUUCCGCGCAGCAGACCUCCAAGAAAACCAGCUUGGUCCAAUCCCCGUCUUAUUAAACUUCGUCGAAAACGCUCCAAGUUCUCGAAACUUUACAGCCUUUAAAGAUGCCCGGUCCUUAAACGCCAAUUUGAUGAAGCUAGUCGAAUCUAUCGUGGAUACAAUCGCUUUUUGUAUAAACGUUAUGUAAGGCGAAAACAGGAUGAUCUCCGACGUAAUCCCAAAAGGUUCUGGAGUUUUGUGAACUCAAAACGCAAGGAGAGUGGCCUUCCCACAAUUAUGCAUCUAGGUGAAGUAUCAGCCAACACUACACAGAGAAAAUGCGAUCUAUUCUCGCAACUUUUCGCGGGUGUUUUCGUUGAUCGUAUCCCAACGUCAGAAGAAGCUCUUACUGCUGCCAAUGGUGUUCCCAUGGACGCUAUCGAUUUUGACGUUUUCGAAAUAUCAAAUGCGAUGGUUGAGUCUGCGAUACAUAAACUCAAGCCAUCAUUCAAACCUGGCCCAGACAAUAUACCGUCAUGCGUAUACAAGAGGUGUCGCGCAUCCCUGGUUCCGCUUCUUCAAACAAUAUUUAAUCGGUCGCUACAACUGCAACAGUUCCCGUCUGUUUGGAAAUCUUCCUACAUGGUUCCGGUGUUUAAGAAAGGCGAUAAGACUGACGUUUCUAACUAUCGAGGAAUAACAUCACUAUCAGCAGGUUCAAAGUGUCUGGAAACCAUUGUUAAAGAUGUGUUAUUCAGCUCGUGCAGAAAUUACAUCAGUUCAUCCCAGCAUGGAUUGAUAACGGUGCACAGAUUGAUGCAGUGUACACUGACAUCAAAGCUGCAUUCGACACUGUGAAUCAUCAUUUACUUUUUGAUAAACUGUCUCGACUAGGAGUAUCUAAUAGGAUGUCCAACUGGCUUCGUUCAUAUCUGAGCGACAGAUUUCUCUGCGUAAAAAUUGGUCCUAAGAAAUCAGCGCCUUUUUCGCCAUGUUCUGGUGUGCCUCAAGGAAGCAACUUAGGACCCCUGUUGUUUACGCUCUUCUUUAACGACGUAGUAAUUCUUUUGCGAAAUGGUGGUAUACUCAUCUAUGCCGAUGAUUUGAAAAUGCAUCUUGCGGUACGAUGUGAAGCUGACUGUAGAGAGUUGCAGAAACUAAUAGAUCGUUUUGAACAUUGGUGCACUUUAAACUUUUUAAAAUUGAGUGUUGCAAAAUGUUCCGUGAUAACAUUCCGAAGACGUAAACAACCCAUUACAUUCAAUUAUACGAUCCUAGGUGAACAGUUGAACCGAGUUGAGAAAAUCAAGGAUUUAGGUGUUUUGUUGGAUUACCAACUCUCUUUAAGUCCCACUACUCGGCCAAUCGGCAAAUGGGAUUCAUUAUGAAAAUUGCCAAAGAUUUCAACGAUCCCACAUGUGUGAGAGCUUUAUUUUGCUCUCAGUGAGACCGAUCCUGGAAUAUGCAGCUGUUGUGUGGAGUCCAUAUGAAACGACUUGGAUCACGCGGAUUGAGUCGAUGCAACGUAAGUUUGUUAGGCGUGCUCUUCAUAACCUGAACUGGCGUGAUCCACUGAAUCUCCCGCCAUAUGAAAACCGGUGCGCAUUGCUCGGUAUCGAACCACUUCACAGCAGACGUGUAAUCAGUCAAGCAGUCUUUGGAGCAAAAAUACUUAAGGCUGAAAUCGACAGUGCUGAAUUGUUGAGUCGUAUGCGACUUUAUGCACCCACACGUGUUCUUCGGCCUAGGCAACUUAUUCAAGCCACUGCUAGGAAUACGAGAUAUGGUUCAAAUGAUCCCAUCAACUCUAUAAGCAGAAGAUUCCAGGAGGCAUACGAUUUGUUUGAUUUUACCUUGUCAACUGUUGCUUUUCGUCAGCGUUUGUGUUCCAUGUUACUUUAAGUUAGAAUAAGAUUAUUUC